GUGUAAUCGCCGCGCCUCUAGUGUUUUUACAAAUUUGUUUUUAUCCUAUUUCCUAUUUUUUAGAGAGAAAAAUCUCACAUUCACAUCAUUUAAUGUCCAAUGGGUGUGAGCAUUAAAGUUAUAGUAUUGCACCCAGAAAACGUGUGAGGAAAUGAUUCGCGUAAAUAGCAGGAAACUAAGUAACUAACGGGAAGUAAAGAUCAGUGUUUGAAUCAUGGCAGGCACAGAUAGAGUUUCCAUGAAUGAUGCCUUAUCAAAUGUAGAAGUACUAGAUGAGUUGCCUUUACCUGAUGAACAACCAUGUAUAGAGGCUCAACCAUGUAGUGUUGUUUAUCAAGCUAACUUUGAUACUAAUUUUGAAGAUCGAAAUGGAUUUGUUACUGGAAUUGCCAAAUAUAUUGAGGAGGCGACAGUUCAUGCUAGUCUUAAUGAAUUAUUAGAUGAAGGGCAAGAACAUGCGGUCAUGUUAUAUACUUGGAGAUGUUGUUCGCGUGCAAUACCCCAACCAAAAUCAAAUGAACAGCCUAAUAGGGUGGAAAUCUAUGAAAAAACUGUAGAAGUGUUGGCACCUGAAGUGAAUAAAUUGUUGAAUUUUAUGUACUUCCAGAGAAAGGCGAUUGAGAGAUUCUCCCAAGAAGUUAAAAGGUUAUGUCAUGCAGAAAAAAGAAAAGACUUUGUGUCUGAGGCAUAUCUCCUUACUCUAGGCAAAUUUAUAAACAUGUUUGCUGUAUUGGAUGAACUGAAAAAUAUGAAAUCUAGUGUGAAAAAUGAUUAUUCUACAUAUAGAAGAGCAGCUCAGUUUUUAAAAGUCAUGUCAGAUUCUCAGACCUUGCAAGAGUCACAGAAUUUAUCCAUGUUUCUAGCAACACAAAAUAAGAUCAGAGACACAGUGAAAGAAAACCUGGAAAAGGUUCCAGGAUAUGAAGAGCUUCUUGCGGAUGUUGUGAAUAUUUGCGUUCAUAUGUUUGAAUCAAAAAUGUAUCUCACCCCAAGUGAGAAACAUAUGCUUGUAAAAGUAAUGGGCUUUGGUCUGUUUUUAAUGGAUAGUGAAUUAUGCAAUAUUAAUAAAUUGGACCAGAAGAAAAAGCUUAAGCUGGAUAAAAUUGAUAGGAUUUUUAAGAAUUUGGAAGUUGUUCCGCUAUUCGGUGACAUGCAGAUUGCACCUUUCAAUUAUAUAAAAAGGAGCAAACAUUUUGACGCAAGUAAAUGGCCAUUAUCAAGUAGCCAAACUCCUUCCCCACAAGCUGAUUUAAUGGUGCAUUUGCCCCAAAUUCGUGAAGAUCAUGUGAAGUACAUUUCAGAACUCUCUAGAUAUUCUAAUGAAGUAACUACUACUUACAAAGAGUGUGGUACUGACACUGAGAAUAAGGAAACUGCUGAUCUUGCUUUACGAGGGUUACAGUUGCUUUCUGAGUGGACUAGUGUGGUAACUGAACUUUACUCAUGGAAGCUUUUACACCCUACUGAUCACCAUCAGAACAAGGAUUGUCCCAAAGAAGCUGAGGAGUAUGAAAGGGCAACAAGGUACAAUUAUACUGAAGAAGAAAAGUUUGCCCUUAUUGAAGUGAUAGCCAUGAUUAAAGGCUUGCAGGUGUUGAUGGCCAGGAUGGAAACUGUUUUUACAGAUGCGAUUAGGAGGAAUAUUUAUUCUGAAUUACAAGAUUUUGUACAAAUUAGUCUAAGGGAGCCUUUAAGGAAAGCAGUGAAAAACAAAAAGGAUCUUAUAAGAAGUAUUAUCAUGUCUGUGAGGGAAACAUGUGCAGACUGGCAAAGAGGUAUUGACCCUAACCAAGAUCCUGCUUUGAAGGGUAAAAAAGAUCCAGAUGGUGGUUUUAAUUUGAGGAUACCCAAGAGAAAUGUUGGGCCUUCCUCAACUCAACUUUAUAUGGUUAGAACUAUGCUGGAAUGCUUGAUAUCAGAAAAAUCCGGCGGCAAAAAGACUUUACGAAAAGACAUUGAUGGAUCUUAUCUCGUACAAAUUGAUCAAUUUCACAAGACUUCGUUUUACUGGAACUACCUUCUCAGUUUUAGCGAAUAUUUACAGAAAUGUUGUGACCUGUCACAAUUGUGGUACAGAGAAUUCUACCUUGAAAUGACAAUGGGUAGAAGAAUAAACAAAUGUACAGUAAGACACCAACAUAAUGAAGAGUGCAGUGAUUUAAUAACCAUGGAAAAAAGAAUUCAGUUUCCUAUUGAGAUGUCUAUGCCUUGGAUAUUGACUGAUCACAUAUUAAAGACCAAAGAACCAUCAAUGAUGGAAUAUGUACUAUACCCACUUGAUCUUUAUAACGAUAGUGCUGUAUAUGCAUUAACGAUAUUCAGAAAACAGUUUCUGUAUGACGAAGUUGAAGCUGAAGUUAAUCUGUGUUUUGACCAGUUUGUAUUCAAGCUAAGCGAACAAAUUUUUGCGUAUUAUAAGCAGCUAGCAGCAAGUAUAUUUUUGGAUAAAAGAUUUAGAGUCGAAUGUUCAGCAAUAGGGGCAUAUCUGUUGCCCUAUCCACGAGCAAAUAGAUAUGAAACGUUACUGAAACAAAGGCAUGUGCAAUUAUUAGGUCGAUCUAUAGACCUAAAUAAAUUAAUUACCCAGAGAAUUAAUGCCGAUAUGCAAAAGUCUUUAGAUUUAGGUAUAAGUAAGUUUGAGGCUGGAGAUAUCACUGGGGUAGUCGAAUUGGAUGGACUUUUACAAGUCAAUCGAUUGUGCCAUAAAUUGUUAAGCAAAUGGUUGGCACUCGAUGAUUUUGACUCUAUGUUUAGAGAGGCAAAUCAUAAUGUUCUUGCCCCCUAUGGCCGAAUAACUUUGCAUGUUUUUUGGGAACUGAAUUAUGAUUUUUUACCAAGUUAUGUGUAUAACGCAGCAACGAAUAGGUUUAUUAAAUACAGAGGUGUCUCAUUUGCUCAUCCAGUAACUAGGGACCGACCUCCCCAAAUGUCUCACCACUAUCUUUGGGGAACUAAACAGCUAAACUUAGCGUACACAGCGCAAUAUACUCAAUAUUCAGGAUUUGUAGGACCUCAACACUUUCACACUAUUUGCAAGCUUCUGGGUUAUCAAGGAAUUGCUGUAGUCAUGGAGGAGCUUUUAAAAAUUGUAAAAAGUCUGAUUCAAGGCAACUUGUUACAAUUUACUAAAACUCUUAUGGAAGCUAUGCCUAAGGCAUGCAAGCUUCCAAGAUAUGACUAUGGAUCACCAGGCGUGCUUGGUUAUUACCAUGCUCAACUUAACGAUAUUGUUCAAUAUCCUGACGCAAGAACAGAAUUGUUCCAUAACUUUAGAGAAUUUGGCAAUAUUAUUUUGUUUUGUUUGCUCAUGGAACAAGCUUUAUCACAAGAAGAAGUUUGUGACCUUCUGCAAGCGGCACCUUUUCAAAAUAUCUUGCCAAGGCCAUUCUGCAAGGAGGGCGAGAAGUUAGAAACUAAGCAAAAACGAUUAGAAGCUAAAUAUGCUGCCUUACAAAUCGUUCCUAAUAUUGAAAAAUUAGGAACGGCAAAACAAGCCAUGAUAUCAAGAGAGGGAGAUUUAUUGACAAGAGAAAGACUGUGUUGUGGUUUGUCCAUUUUUGAGGUUGUUCUCAAUAGACUAAAAAGUUUCCUUGACGAUCCGGUUUGGGUUGGGCCUCCUCCUGCAAAUGCUGUAAUGAAUGUAGAUGAAUGCACUGAAUUCCAUAGACUAUGGUCGGCUUUACAAUUCGUUUACUGCAUUCCUGUUAGCGAAAAUGAAUAUACUGUUGAGGAAAUGUUUGGUGAAGGCCUUCAUUGGGCUGGUUGUACAAUGAUAGUACUUUUAGGGCAGCAAAGAAGGUUCGAAGCCUUAGAUUUCUGUUACCACAUUCUUAGGGUACAAAGAGUGGAUAUGAAAGACGAAACUGUAAAAGGAAUUAAUUUAAAAAGGAUGUGUGACAGGAUUCGCCGCUUCCAAGUACUAAAUUCCCAAAUUUUCGCGAUUCUAAAUAAAUUCCUUAAGUCGGGCGAAAAUGACGAAUUGUCUGUGGAACACGUGCGAUGUUUUCCACCACCAGUCCAUCCCACCUUAAACCAUCAGCAGCAUUACCACGCUCCGGAUGACCCGCGACCCUAGGGGUUCGUGAACCAAAGGAGUAAGAUUAAGAAAAAAGUAAUGUUUUAGCCGUAUAAUAAUUUAUCCUGUUUUAUAGUAUUGUUAAGUUAUAUUUGUAACUUUUAUAGACUUUUGUAAUUUAUUUAGUAAAAUUUAGGAGAUGCAUAUUAUCAAAACAUGUAUAUACUUAUAAAAAUAUAUUUAAUAUAAUAUCGUCAUAAUCGUAAAUUAAUAAAUCCACUUCUAAGCCA